AUGGUGCCAACGACCUCUCGUGCGGUCCAAUGGCCCGAGACGACCCAGGUUUACUACCCGGACUCCAGCGCGUUUGUUGAGGCGACGGCGCGGUGGAAUGCCUUCAAGGCUCCGGGCUACGAUGCCGCUAUUUCUCCGUCAACCGAGGAGGAGGUGGUCGCAAUUAACAGCAUCCCGUUCCUCGCGACUGGUGGACGACACGGCUACGGAACCACCUUGGCUACUUUGCAGAAUGGCCUGGCUGUUGAUCUCAGCCGUAUCAACGAGGUCAGCAUCAAGACAGCUGGCUCUACUCUUACCGUCGGCGGGGGCGCCAAGCACAGUGAUGUUCUUGCUUCCGUUUACGAGGCAGGCUUUCAACUCCCAUCUGGUUCCUGCAGCGCUGUUGGGUUUGUUGGUGCAACGCUUGGUGCUGGAGUUGGUGUCUUCUCGGGCAUUUACGGCCUGCUGAUUGACAGUCUGCUCUCCGUAAGGAUGGUUACAGCCAGUGGGGACCUCAUUGAAAUAUCGGAAAGCUCAAACUCUGAUUUGUUCUGGGCUCUUCGAGGAGCUGGUGCAAACUUCGGCAUUAUGACAUCCGCAACUUAUAGGCUCCGUCAACAGACUAACAAAGGAGAGGUGUUCGUUGCAGAUCUGAUCUAUCCCGCUGCUUUUAAAGAGAGCUAUUUCAAUGUCUUGCAGGCGCUUGAAGAUAACUGGCCGCCUGAGCAGGGCAUUAACAGUGCGAUAUUCUGGGACCCGUCAUCUAAUGCUACCUGCAUCAUGGGCACCUUUGUGUACACGGGCCCCGAAACCGACGCCCGCAGAGUCCUUGCUCCCUUCUUCAACCUCAACCCCUCUGUCUCUCGGGUGGUAGUCGUCCCCUUCUACAAGGUCCCGUCCGUACUCCUGAUGGGUAUGAUCGAGGGCUUUUGUGAUACGAAAGAAGGCAUCCACAGCAUCCACUCACUCAAUGUACGCAAAUUCUCCGCCGAGACAUACGUCGCUGCUGUUGGGAAGUUUGAAGCUUUCUUCGAGACAUACCCGGCUGCCCGUUCAUCUGCGGCCGUCCUGGAAACGUUCUCCAACGCCCAGACAUCAAAGGUGUCAGAUGACGCGACUGCCUAUCCUUGGAGAGACGCAAAGCGCAAUUUUAUGUUCCAGAUGGGCUGGGAAGGUCUUGAUAACCCCAUAGGCAGCGUUGCGGACGAUUUUGCUAGACAGCUUCGAGCCGACUUUGUCGCCACCUCGGGAUAUCCCGAACUAUCCGUGUACGUAUGCUAUGCCUGGGGUGAUGAAACUCUGGAGCAGAUCUACGGCCGUGACAAGCUUCCCCGUCUCCUGGCUUUGAAGAAGACGUGGGACCCGGACAACGUCUUCGAAUACAGCAACGCCCUGCCGACCAAAUACCCAGUCCCCUACCGCUCGCACAGUCCAGGAAGAGGCAAGCUGUCCGCUUCGAAAGGGAAUGGACAAAUUUCGAGCAUGAGUCCACUUAGAAGGGCGAACAAGUACUUUGACAUUGUCGAGCAAGCGAGUUACCUGUUUGUCUAG